GUCCGCACUCCGCACACCGCUAGGCCGCCACGGCGCAGCUGCCCACCUGCCAUCACGACCUGCCGGCCGCCUCCCUCACGCUCCCGCCUCCCUGAGUCCGGUAGAAUGGGAAGAAAUUAAGCUCACUGAUAAAGAGAUGAAGAUGGACUUGGUGAGUAAAGCAUGCACACUUGAUGGUAAUGGAAUGGGUGUUAAUGAUGGAAUUGAAAGUGAUGAUUUUGUGGAACGUGCCCCCAAGAAAGUGAUUAACAGGAGAGCAAAGAGUGGUACUAAGGGUGUAAAGAAUAAGGUGGCUGCAAAAAGAGCAAAAGGAAAUAUAAAGAAGACAUGUAGCAUUGAUGAGAAC